AUGGCCACACUGACUAAUAAUUAUUUCAGUACGAUGGAUAUGAUGGCUACGGUGGUGGAGGAUACCCUCCUGGGUUAUUCUUAUGCAUUCAACUUUACAGGACCACCGGGUGGAUUUGGCGGUGGUGGAUUCGGAGGAGGCUUCGGAGGACCACCAGGUUUUGGAGGACCUGGUUAUGAUGUUGCACAGAGUCCGCUUGAUGCUGAGGUUCAGGUAGUCAUACGAGAGAUACACAACGAACUUGGUCUGUUUGAUGCCUCCGGGGAGUAUGGAGAACAGUUCAAGAAUGCGCGUCGCCUUCUAGCUGCUGAGUCUGAUAAACUGGAAAACAACAUCGAUCCGGAAUGGCUGGAGGUCGACAUUCCGAAACCAAUUAAGGUUACGAAGAAAGUGCUCAUCCCGAAUUUCCGUCACCCCAGAUUCAACUUUGUUGGAAAAAUUCUUGGACCUAAAGGAGCGUCUUUGCAAGCGAUGGCGAAACAACACAAAUGUCAUAUUUACGUACUUGGACGUGGUUCUACAAAAGAUAGAAAUAAGGAACAAGAACUUCUCAAUUCUGGAGAUCCUCAGUAUGCACACUAUGGCGGUCCAUUGCAUGUGAAGGUAGAAACUAUUGCUCCCGCCCAUAUAGCUUAUCAGAGAGUUGCUGGCGUGUUGGAGGAGCUGAACCGUAUCCUACAGCCAAUCCGUGAAGACACUACCCCUGGUCAUCUCAAGGAAGGAGAAAAUGGAACGAGCAAUGCUGGAGCAACCGAGGGCGGUGAUACCAAGAACGGCGGCGAGAGUGGUGAAAAGCAGCAGAAUUCUUUCGGCGGAGGUGGAGGUGGCGGAGGUCGUGGAGGAUUCGGUGAUCGUGGCCGCGGUGGUGGCCGUGGAGGCCCACGCGGUGGUUUCCGUGGACGUGGGGGCCCGGGAGGACCCGGAAGAGCCAGAGGAUCUCCUGAUCAAGUAAUUGAAUUGCAAUCUGUUCUUAAAUAUCGUUAA